CAAGUUAUAUAUAGUCUACCGGUAAUUAUUUAAGUUCAUUUCAGUUGUCCUGCAAAUCUCUCGACUCUGAGCUCUCCAGUUCACGCUCUCUCGUCACUGCAGCAAAAAUGUGUUCUGAUGGUGCUGGCCAUGCUUAUGACAAAGUUAGUAAGUAUUUCAAGAAGAAAAUUACCAUUGCUGGAUUAAGCCAUGUGUUUCCCGAGCGGACAAAGAAGGAUGAUCGAACUAGAUCUGGCCUCACUAAUCCUGAAAAAAUAAUAAUGGUAAUAUGGGCAUUAUUUUUUACUGGAUGUGUUUUAGGCUGCCUGGUAUUAAUUGGCCUGAGCACUAAGCGAUUUGUAGACAAACCAACAGCGUCUACUAUCACUGUUGUGUCUCACGACAAAACUGGGUUACCCUUCCCAGCUGUCACCAUCUGCAAUCUCAACUUGAAAAAGAAUGAUUCGGAUUUUCUUCUAAAUACCACUUAUCAAGCUAUUAUCUCUCUUUACAAUGCAGAUAAAAGCUCUCAAUUUACUAGUAAUAAAAAAAUUGACCAUUUGCUUAACACAUGUACUGCUUCUCUUUCAAAUAGCAUUCAAAAUGCUACAAUAUGGGAUAUUGUAAGUCCAGAAAUGGCAGUAAAUGAGUUUAUACAUUACUGUGGCUUUUUGCAUGGAGCUGACAGUGACGUCGUGAUGUGCAAGGAUUUAUUUGAACCAGUACUAACCUCAGCUGGAAUCUGCUUCACAUUUAAUGGAACUAAUAAACUUGCUAAUAGCACUGGUAGAAGAUAUGGUUUAAAGCUAGUACUGAAUAUACAACAAGAGGAAAGGCCAUCGUUCAGUGGAAAGUUGGGAGUUAAGCUUGUUAUUCACGAUGGCAAAGAUAUUGCAAGGCCUAGCUUGUAUGGUAUUUCUGUACCACCUGGUUUUGCUGUUGAUGUUGGAGUACGCAAAAUGGCCACACGAGAUGAGACAAGUGAAGCUAAAUGUAUUGAUGACAUGAAUCUUCCUUUUUUUCCAAGUGACAAAUUUCAAUAUUCUCAAUUUGCCUGCAGAGAAAAUGCUGUUGCUGAAAAUAUAGCAAGAGGAAGUAAAUGUAACUGUGUCAUUCAACCUGAUAGGUCUCCUGGUCUUUACGCAUCCACUCCUAAUUGUACAUUUAGUAAAGCAUGCUGUCUAUUGCAAGAGCACUACAGGUUUCACCCUGAAGAAAUUGACUGUCCUCUACCAUGCCACUUUGAAUAUUAUGAGCAUACUGCUAGCUAUUCCAGUUUCCCUAAUGGACAAUACCUGCAAUUACUAAUGGAGGAAUUAAACAUGUCUGCUGAAUAUGUCAAGGACAAUUUUUUGUCCAUUGAUGUAUUUUUUGAUGAUUUUCAAGUAACCACCACAACUACUAAAUACACAUACGGUAUAGAAGCUCUGCUAGGAGAGAUUGGUGGUCUGCUAGGUUUAUUUAUUGGAGUGAAUAUCAUUAAUUUUUUUGAGUUGCUAGUGCUCUCUGGGGAUGGACUUGGAAUGUUAUGUAGGCGAGCUGGAAGGUCAUGUAGGCGAGCUCUAGAAAAAAUUAAAAAAAGAAAAAAUGAGAGAAAAGAAGAGCCAAUGAAAAUGGAUACUCAACCUGGUAGUAGCAGGAGUGGCAAUGGUCAUGCAUGAGCUGAAUGAGGGCUUUUAGACUAAAGUUACUCUGUUAUUGUUACAUAUAUUACUUUAGUUGUGUCAGUAUAAUUGUUGUCAUAAUUAUUUUCAUGUAUUAUUAUGAUUUUUUAAAAAUUAUAAUUAUUACUUCCUUUACUGCUAGGGAUUUCAGUUUUUUGUUAUUAUUAUAAUUUAUGAUUGUGCAGACAUUGUGUAAUUAUGUCAGUAACUGUUUAUAUAAUUGCAUGCUUUUAAUCUGUUCUAAGUUCUGUUAAAGUUCUGUUCAUUUGAGUUUUGCCAUGGUUCCAUUUCA